CCGACUGCCGAUUAGAGAGGUAAGCCUUCGCCACUCCGCCGACCACCGUGCGUGACUUUUCCAGUUGCCGACUUUCCGUCGUAAUUCCCGUCGCGUUUCCGAAUUUUUGUACACACUUGGUAGUUUUUYUAUUUGUUCCUGAUCAUGCCGCCUAAGAAGUCGAAGAAAACUAACAAACACAAUCAGGAUUGGUCUGGCGACGACGACGAUUCGAUUGAUAUAUUAGCUGCUGCCAAAAUAAAUGAUGAUGCAACAGUUGAAGAACCUGUGCAACCUACCCGUGGUAAUAAGACUUCUAAAAAAAACAAAAAAAAGAACAAAAAUCAAGAUUGGGAAGAUGAAUCUGAAGAUUUAGUAGAUAUUGUAGCCGCCUCAACAGUAAAUGAUGUUGCAACUAUCCAUGAGUCGUCUCAACCCAAUCGUGGGAAUAAAAUUUCUAAAAAAAACAAAAAKAAAAAUAAAAAUCAAGAUUGGKAUGAAGAAUCUGAAGAUUUAGUUGAUUUAUUGGCAAACACAAAAUUAAAAGAUGAUGAUUUUGACGAUGUUGAAGAAAUCCCACAGCCAAUUCGUGGAAAUAAGAUCUCAAAAAAGAACAAGAAAAAAAAUAAAAAUCAACAACAAGAUUUGGAGGAAGACUCUGCAGUUGAUAAUGAUAUUGAUUUUGAUAAUGAUGAUGAAGAUGUUAACAUUUUGCCUGUGGUUUCAAUUCCACCCACUGAAGAAGUCACGGACGAUAAACGGUCAAAGAUUCCAACAGGAAAAAUUUCAAAAAAAAAUAAAAGGAAAAAGAAAGAUUUUGAUUUGGAAGAAGAUGAUAAUGGCACACAGGAUUACGUUGUAGAACAAGCUGCCAAUACCGACGAUCAUCUGACAGUAGUAGAAAACAAUAAAGAGCAAGUCGAAAACAUCACCGCCGAUCAUGAAGACAUCAGUGUACCAACGGUUAUACCAGAUCAAGAUUUAGGUGAUGAAGAUAGCGUUGAUAUAGACGAGGAGCUGGAAGCUGCAAAGCUCGCAGGAAAAAAAAAGAAAUCGAAAAAAAACAAAAAGAAGACAAAUGAAGAUGAUAACAUCCUUAUGGAGACGCCGACAGUUGAUGUGACGGUGGAUGACAAUGAGAGCAAUAGGUCUGCUAUUAAUACCGAAGAAGUUGAUUUGGAAGCAAAAUGUAGUAUCGAAAAUAAGGAUAUCCCCGUUGAACAGUAUGCUAAUGUUGUAGCUGAAGCCGAGGAUGCAGUGGUGAUGUCCAUUAUUGCUGAUGGCAAAAACGACGGUAAUAUGGGCCAACUUCUAGACGAGACUGUCUCGGAGAUUGUAAAAGUACCCAAAGAAAAGUCAAAAUCUAAAGUCGUAAACAAAUCGGAUAAAUUGUCACAUAAAGAGAAGAAAAAAAUGAAAAAAGAGAUGGAGUAUCAGAAACAAAUGGAUUUGAUGACCAAAAAAGGGGGUCAAGGCCACAGUGAGUUGGGUGCCAACUUCUCGGUGUCACAAAUUCAAAAAACAGCAGGUCAGCUAGCGGCCAUGGAGCACGCCGUUGACAUCAAGAUCGAUAGCUUUAGCAUCGCGGCCAAGGGUCAGGACUUGUUCGUCAACGCCAGCUUGCUGAUUGCCCACGGCCGUCGGUACGGUUUGGUUGGACCAAACGGGCAUGGUAAAACGACACUACUUAGACACAUUGCCGAGCGGCUGUUUGACGUACCACCAGGUAUUGACAUCCUAUACUGCGAACAGGAAGUAGUGGCUGAUGAAACAACAGCAGUUAAGGCCGUACUUAGAGCGGAUACGCGAUGUACAGAACUGUUAGCUGAGUGUAAAAGACUGGAGGAAGCUCAAGAAAAAGGCGCGGGUGAAGACGUAACUGAAAGACUAAAUGAAGUAUACGAUGAGCUUAAGGUGCUCGGAGCUGACUCAGCUGAACCACGAGCUCGGCGCAUACUUGCCGGUCUAGGUUUCUCCGCGGCCAUGCAGGAUCGAGCCACCAAAGACUUUUCGGGAGGCUGGCGGAUGCGUGUGUCCCUUGCCCGGGCCCUGUUUUUGGAACCUACGUUGUUGUUACUCGACGAACCGACUAACCAUUUGGAUUUGAAUGCUGUCAUUUGGCUAGACAAUUAUUUACAGGGAUGGAAGAAAACUUUGUUAGUCGUUUCUCACGACCAGAGCUUUUUAGACAACGUGUGUAACGAAAUCAUUCAUUUGGACCAAAAGCGAUUGUUCUAUUACAAAGGUAAUUACAGUAUGUUCAAGAAAAUGUAUUCCCAGAAAAAAAAAGAAACCAUCAAAGAGUAUGAGAAACAGGAAAAACGGCUGAAAGAAAUGAAACAACAAGGUCAAUCCAAGAAACAAGCUGAAAAAAAACAAAAAGAAGUAUUGACCCGUAAACAGGAAAAGAACAAGGGCAAACCGGGUAAAAGUGCUGGUAUGGAUGAUGAUGACAACGCUGAACCCACGCMGUUAUUACAAAAGCCCAGAGACUACAACGUUAAAUUUUCAUUCCCCGAUCCCAGUCCAUUACAGCCACCUAUAUUGGGUCUACACAGUAUGAGUUUCGCAUAUCCCUCUCAAAAGCCGUUAUUUAAGAACGUCGAUUUUGGUGUUGACCUCAACUCCCGUGUAGCUAUUGUCGGGCCUAACGGCGUGGGCAAGUCGACGUUCCUCAAGCUUUUGACCGGUGACUUGCAGCCUAGCGACGGUGAAAUGCGAAUGAAUCAUCGGAUGAAACUAGGAAAGUUCGAUCAGCAUUCUGGUGAACAUUUGACAGCCGAAGAGACACCUGCCGAAUAUCUGAUGCGGUUGUUCGACCUUCCGUACGAGAAAGCGCGCAAGCAGCUGGGUACUUUUGGGCUGGCUGGUCACGCACACACUAUCCGCAUGAAGGACUUGUCCGGUGGGCAAAAGGCCCGUGUCGCACUAGCUGAACUCUGUCUGAACGCUCCAGACGUCAUUAUACUGGACGAGCCUACAAAUAACUUGGACAUUGAAUCUAUUGACGCUCUAGCAGAAGCAAUAAAUGAUUACAAAGGAGGUGUCAUAAUUGUAUCUCACGACGAACGGCUGAUCCGUGACACAGAAUGCACACUAUGGGUUAUCGAAGACCAGACCAUCAAUGAAGUGGAUGGUGACUUUGAUGACUACCGAAAGGAGCUGUUGGAGUGUCUGGGCGAGGUGAUCAACAGUCCAAGUAUCGCAGCCAACGCAGCCGUCGAACAGUAAUGUCAAUCCUGAUGUCGUCUCAUCGAUUAUUAAUUAUAUUUAAUAAUUUUGGUUGCAUGUACGGGCACAUCAGAUACUUGUAAUUAUAUUGUUGUCUUUGUCGUAUUUGUGAUAAUGUUAUCGUCAUAGUCGUAUGACAUACUCUAAUUCCUAUUUACGUGCCUUGUUUACUCACAAUAUAUUUGAUGAAUAAAUAUAUAAAACAUAAACUAAUGUAUUUGACAAUUGUAAUGUGCCUACAAUAAUAUAUUUUGGCAAUUGUGUUUGCAAAUACCAUUAAAAUCUUUAUAAAUUAUUGUAACUACAUCAAUUUAAACUUACUCUACCACUGUGAAAAAAAGAAUGAGUAUAUUAUAUGAAGUGUUAU